AUGUCGUGGUUCAGCUUCGCCGUGCCGCCGCUGGUCGUGCCCGGGCGAGUCGUGCUCUGCGUCACCACCAUUCUCACUCUGACUUCGAUGUUCUCCACGGCCAGGACCAGCACGCCCCAAGUGUCGUACAUCAAAGCUCUCGAUGUUUUCAUGAUAACGUCCAUCAUCUUCGUCUUUCUUACUUUACUGGAGUACACGUUCUUACUCAGGAAACGCCGCCUGCACCUUCUGGAGGCAGCGAUAAAGGAACGGACGAGUAACAGGCGACGCUGGAUGAACAGGAAGGGAGAAUCCUACGAGGAGUACUGCGCCAGGAUAGACCGCCGGGCCGUGAUCAUCAUGCCUGCCCUCUUCGUGGCCUUUAACUUAGUGUAUUGGCCCUAUUACGCGGGGCAGAGGAAUUAG